AUGGUGGUGCUUCAAGAGACAGGUCGCCUCACGCUGCGGUUGACGAUUGCGAUGAUUGUCAUCGCAGUGCUGUCAGUCCUCAUUCGCUUUUUCGCGCGGAGGAAAACACGCACCAAGUUCAAGUUGAAUGAUGCGUUCAUCGUGGCCGGACUAUUAUCCUUUCUCGGAGUUGAAAUCAGUCUCCUCGCAGGGAUAUACACUUCCGGCGGCACCCUCGAUGAGUCGCAAAUCAAAGACACGUCAGACCUGAUUAAUCUGUUCAAAUAUGUCUACGCGCUCGAAUCCUUCGUUACAACCGCGAUCACCUUGAUCAAACUGUCAAUCCUUGCGCUCUACCGAGACCUCUUCCCAAUCCACAAAUUCCAAACGUACACCCUAGUUAUUGGCGCUCUAUGUUUGAUCUGGUACAUCAUAUGCUUCCUCAUAAACAUAUUCCAGUGCCAUCCAGUGAAGGCGGCAUGGCAACUCGAUCUGCUGAUGAAGGGAGAAGCGACAUGCUUGGUUUAUGGUCACUAUAUCAUCGGCUACGAGGUUUCCAACAUGUUGCUGGACAUUGCCAUUCUGGCGCUCCCCAUCCGUGUGUUGCACACACUACAUCUAUCGCGACCGCGAAAAAUCAUCAUCGGGGGACUAUUCACCCUAGGAGGAUUCAUUAUUAUCGUCUGUAUUAUUCGAACCGUGUAUUUGAGCGAUGCGACUCUUCAGAACCCAGUGGCGCUGUACAACGGGUUGAACUGGACAUCGGUCGAAUUGGCUGUCGGGAUUCUCUGUGCAUGCAUACCAGUCUAUGGACCCCUGCUCCCCACGCAACGAGCAGCUCAAGCCCUUAGCAAAUGGUCCAGCCAAAAGCAACAAGGGAAAUACUUUACAUGGGUGUUCAAGCCGUCGUCGAAAUAUCAACAGUACGAUGGCGACAGCAACGAGUUAGCCGGGCUAUCUCAUCAGCAAAUCCCGGAAGAAUCAAGCAUACGACAAAAGAGGAUCUCGGAUCACAGCGGGGUCUAA